AUGAGAGUCAUCUUGUCCAAAUUUGACGAUGCUAGUAGUAAGGAUGACUUCAUUAUGUUACCAAAUAAACUUGAGAAGAGAGCUUUGCAUGAAGCUAUUCUGAGCAAAUAUCUUGAGGGGCUAAAUUUCCUUUUAAGUGAACAAAGUGAAAGUACUCAGCCACUCUAUCGAGACACUAACCCACCUGAAUCACCAAUAUAUGUGGCUACACAGGUGAGGGAUGUGAGAAUUCUUCAUCGUCUUUUGCAGAUUCUGUUUCCCUCAGGUCGGGUCAUUCAUAAGAGCCGUGGUAACUCUCCACUUCAUGCUUCCAUAUCAGAAAGCAAUAUUGCAUAUAUUGGUUAUGUGGAAGGUGUUCGUGAACUUCUAAACAAAUCUAAUCUUGUUGCGUUUCAACGAAACUUAAAUGGCGAUCUUCCGAUUCACAUUGCUUGCCAAAGUAGCCGUGUUCAGGUGGCUAAACAACUGCUUCACGUAAAAUGUCCUUAUACCAGAUUCUGGCUCAAUAAUAAAGGUCAAAACAUUCUACACAUCGCAGCAGAGAAUGGACAAAACAAAAUGGUAAGGUUCCUAUUAAAACACUCAAAUAUCCAUCCUGAAAAUAUGAAUGAGAAAGACAUAGAUGGAGAUGCGCCAUUGCAUUUGGCUUCAAGAAAACUGUAUCUUUGGACGCUACUCCAUCUAUCACGAGAUAAAAGGACAGAUGCGAACCUUGGAAGCGACAAAGGCUUAAACGCUAGAGAUAUUGUUCUGAUGCAGGCUAAACAUCCAAUGACACAUCAAGAGUUUCGAGCAAGUAUGAUAUUAAGAACAGCAGGUGUCCCCCUCAAAAAGGAUAUGUUGGGAGUACAACGCGUAGCCAAUGCAGAAUGGAAUGUUAAGGAUGCAGCCAACACACUCAUCCUUGUGGCUGUACUUAUAGCAACAGUGACAUUUGCAACUAGUUUCACAGUACCAGGUGGGGUUUACUCUUCUGAUGAUCCAAUGCCUAAAACAGAGGCAUGGCAGUGUUGGCUGAUAAAAAAUUAUUCAAAGCUUUUUGUGCACUUGGCUCUUGGAAAGAUGCUGGUGGCAUUUAUGGCUGCCAUAUAUUUGGUUGUGAGCAAUAACGCUUCGCUUGGAGAUCUUGUAAAAGUCAUUUCAUUCAUCUUCAUUUCCUUCAUCCUACUUCUUUUCCUUUUAGGAUAUUUCCCUCUUGGAAAUCGCAUUCCGCUUCUUCGUCAGAUUGGAGAACCUAUUUUUUUGAUUGGUCUUAUUUAUUUUAUGGACCUACGGAUAGGCCUGUUGAAGCUCGUGAUGUCGACCAAUUGA